CAUUCUAUUAGUUCUACAACAAAAUAAAUAUUUGCUGCAUCUUAAUGCACAACAAAUGGUUAUCCGUAGCAAACACGCAAAUUCAUAUUCGGACAAAAAAAACAUCGUAAUCUCCUCAACGCCUCGAUAUCAUCAUCUCACUUUCUCUAUGCAUAUACACACACAUGUGGGUGUGCAUAAAUUCGCGUAUAUACGUUUUAAAUUUCGUAUAUUGAGGUUUAUAAAAUAUCAAAAAUCACACUCGCCAUAGUCCUCAAUAAAUACCCCAACCACAAUUCCAUGAGCCCUCGCUCACUCUAUUCACAAUCACCCUCCAUUGUGAAAACAAGAAAAAAAGAAGGAUCUUGAAACACACAACAACAAAAAGAUCCGAAGAUUAUAGAAAAUAAAUACUAAUUAGUUCAUUUUCGAGGAUUUUGAAGAGAAUGGCGAUGAAAAAGGCAAACAAGCUAACACAAACGGCGAUGAUCAAGCAAAUUUUGAAGAGAUGCUCGAGCUUGGGGAAGAAACAGAGUAAUGAAUACAGCGAAGACGAAAACGGGCAUCCUCUCGACGUGCCUAAAGGUCAUUUCGUUGUCUAUGUUGGAGAGAAUCGAGUCAGGUACGUUGUCCCCAUUUUGCUUUUGACCCGACCAGAGUUCCAGCUUCUUCUCCAGCAAGCAGAGGAAGAGUUUGGUUUCGAUCACGAAAUGGGUCUCACUAUCCCUUGUGAAGAAGUCGUCUUCCAAUCUCUCACCUCCAUGCUCGGAUGAACAUAACUUUUAGGAUUUUGCUUCUCUUUUUAAUAACAGAGAUAGCUGAUGACUAAAUGUUUCUCUGUUUUAGCAGACUAAUUUUUAUAUGUUUUGGCUAGUACAUGGGUUUAGUGUUGUGUUAGACUGAGACCUAACCCUUAGAUAAACCCAAUGAGAAUGAUUUACUAUUCUUGGUUCUCUUUUCAGAUUUGUAAAAAACAAAACAAAUUGCUGAUGGAGAUCAAUCGUUGUUGAAUAUGUACCCUGUGAGAGAGAUCUUAAUAUUUGAUGGAUGAGACUUUUAAUUUUCUAGA